AUGGCUAUCCCUCACAGUCCCACUACUACCGCCACUGAGCAUAUUACUGAUCCAAACAUCGGUGUUACCGGUCACAGUACUGGUCAUGAAAGUGGUUAUAACCCUGGUCAUGGUACCGCUACCGGUGCUGAGAUUGGUACAGGGACAGCAGCAGGCUUGACUCAACGAGAUGUUGAGAAAGGCCACCGUCACGCCGAAUCAAACUUGAACGAAGCCCAACCUGGAUUCCCAAUUUACCAUAAAGGAAGAGCUAAUCCAGCUCCACUUGGUUUAUUCGCUUUCGCCACUACUACCUUGUUGUUCUCGCUCAUCAACGCUCACGCCAGACAUGUCUCUCAACAAAACAUCGCCGUUGGCAUGUCUUUCGCCCUUGGUGGUCUCGCUCAAUUCGUCGCUGGUAUCUUCGAGUUCUGUGUAGGUAAUACAUUCGGUAUGACUGCUUUCUGCGGCUUUGGCGCGUUCUCUUUUGCUAUCGCCAUCUCUUAUUGGCCUUCAUCUGGAGUCCUUGCCUCGUACGCUCCUACUCCAGCCGACCCUUACAGGCUUGAUGCAGCCAUCGGUCUUUUCCUCAUGUGUUGGUUCGUAUUUACCUUCAUCCUCUGGCUCGGUACUUUCAGAUCAAGUGUGGGACUCUGCGCCUUAUUCUUUAUGUUCUGGCUUUCUCUCCUUCUACUGUCUAUUGGCUACAUGAAAAAUUCUGUAGGAACGAUCAAAGCUAGCGGUUGGAUCGGUAUCUUCGCAUCCAUUCUUGCGUUCUAUGUCGGUGCUCAUAGUUUCCUCACCCAAGAGGCGGCACCUUUCCAGCUUCCAAACCCCAGUUUGGCUAGGAAACGAACUCAGAGGAGGGACUAG